CGCUUUCUCUUUUGUUUAGAAAGGCCUUGCUGUUUUUCUUAGCAGUUAUGUCUGGCCGUGGCAAGCAGGGUGGUAAGGCUCGCGCUAAGGCUAAGACUCGGUCCUCUCGGGCUGGUCUUCAGUUCCCCGUGGGUCGAGUGCACCGCUUGCUCCGCAAAGGCAACUAUUCCGAGCGGGUUGGUGCUGGGGCUCCGGUGUACCUGGCGGCAGUGCUGGAGUACCUUACCGCUGAGAUCCUGGAGUUGGCGGGCAAUGCAGCUCGCGACAAUAAGAAGACUCGUAUCAUUCCGCGCCACUUGCAGCUGGCCAUCCGCAACGACGAAGAACUUAACAAGUUGUUGGGUCGGGUGACCAUCGCGCAGGGCGGAGUGUUACCAAAUAUCCAGGCAGUGUUGCUCCCUAAAAAGACUGAGAGCCACCACAAAGCCAAGGGCAAGUAAAGUAUUACUUGUUUGGCAAGGUAUUUUGCUUCCUAUCAAGA